AAAAAGUUCAGUUUCAAAGUUCAUCAGCAUGGCGUUGUUGAACGCCUGUAAAAUAUUAUCGCAAGUGUUGGCACUCUCGCUAAUAGCUGUUAAACCAUCGUGCGGAACAUUAUUUGCCACCAAUCCCAAAAUUGAAGUCAAGGAUGGGCAUCUGACCAUCCAAACUCCAAGAGACAAGAACCUGACUCUAGUCGUGAGUGGAUCAGGUCAACUUAACCUCUUGGGUGAUCCCGGCUUUUUAUCCUCGGGUGACAAUGAUCUGGGGACGAGCGGCAAUUUGGAACCGCGAGUUGCUCGUCUCGAAACCAGUUGGGACGAUGGAGCCAUCUUUAAUACCCGACUACAAGCCAUGGAGGAGCGAAUGCAACGACUCGAAACCAAUCGAGGCCAAGAGGACCAAGAGUCGUCAACGACAACAAUACGGAGACUAAAGCGUGAUGUCCGACGCAUCAAAAACCGCUUAUCGACCAUUAUAACGAUGAUCAAUAACAACGAAUGCAAUGAGGCGAAUGUCUGUCAAAAUGGAGGUACUUGUGUGGAUACAUUCAGAGGCUACUUUUGUCAAUGUCCAGAUAAUUGGGAAGGGCAGAAUUGCGAACGAGAUGUGGACGAGUGCUCGCAUUUUGCCAACACCGAUCUAGGAUGCCAAAACGGGGCCACUUGUCAAAAUACCCCGGGAUCCUACAGGUGUCAUUGCCCUCCUGACUUUUUUGGAAUCCACUGCACGCGUAAACAAAACGAUUGUACCUCUGGCUCAAGUCAGGAGCUCUGUGGUCAUGGUGUUUGUGUCAAUCAAGACUCAGGAUUCACUUGCAUUUGUGACCAGGGCUGGACUUCUGCAGAAUCCUCUCCGGCCUGUUCGGUCGAUGUCGACGAGUGCACAGCAUUUAACCCGCCUUGCUCGAAAAGCCCCCUGGUUCAGUGUAUUAACACCCCCGGGGGAUUCCAAUGUGGAGCUUGCCCUCCCGGUUACACGGGGAAUGGGUUCUAUUGCGACGACAUCAACGAAUGUUUCACGAACAAUGGGGGCUGCAGUUUGACACCGAGAGUUGAUUGCAUCAAUACUCCGGGAUCGCGUACUUGCGGCAGUUGUCCUCAAGGUUACCAGGGCAAUGGGCAGACGUGUGUUUACAUGGGACCUUGUCACGUCAACAAUGGCGGGUGUAGUCCUAUGGCGGUCUGUUUUGCAACUGCGAACAUGGUUCAAUGCUUCUGCCGGCCAGGAUACCAAGGCCUCGGGGUGGGACCCACGGGGUGUCUCCCAGGCUCAGAUGGCAAUGCACCUGGUCCAGUUGUUCCUCCGGGUGGCGGAUCAGGUGGGGUGGUCAUGUCGCCUUGUGCUUCGGGUCCUUGCCGCAAUGGAGCCACGUGCUUUCCAUUGGCAACCAAUUUCAUUUGCCAAUGCUCUCCCGGCUAUUCAGGUCUAACUUGUAUCGAGGAGAUCGACGAGUGUGCGUCCCAGCCGUGCUACAACGGAGGCACAUGCCUUGAUCAACUUAAUGGCUAUGUGUGUCAAUGCAGUGCAGACUUUCAGGGAACCAAUUGUCAGGACCAAGUUCAGAGUUGCGGGGGUUCUUUCACUGGUGACGUUGGAGCGAUUGAUUUUCCACAUGGGGAGACAACUGUCUAUGAUCAUGACAUGAGUUGUAUUUACACGAUUACUGUGUCCAAUACAAAAGUCCUCAACAUCACCUUCACUCAAUUUAAUCUUGAGGAGUCCACAACAUGCUCUUAUGACUUCUUACAAAUACGUGAUGGGCCAGAUUCCACUUCACAACCAUUGGGCAAAUUCUGUGGCUCCACUCUGCCUGGUCAAAAUGGAACCCUCAUCACGAAUCAAAAUGCAGUGCACAUGUGGUUCAGGUCCGAUAGUUCGUUUGCUCAUCACGGUUUCCAGCUCAAGUGGAACGUUACAGAUCCCGUCUGUGGCGGACUGAUUCGGGACCAAACGCAUGGGACAAUCAAAUCCCCCGGCUAUCCAGGACAGUAUCCUCAUAAUCGGGAUUGUUUCUGGACCAUCUAUGCGCCCUAUGGGAAGAGAAUACAAUUUCAUUUUGCUCAUCUAGCUAUUGAAACGCACGCCAAUUGCAGUUACGACUUUUUGGAGGUAUAUGAUGGGACUCAUCACACCCCGACUCAAGAUUCGUUGGGUCGCUUUUGCAACUCGACCUCACCUCCACCCGUGUCCAGUUCCAAUUCGAUAGCUACGAUCCAUUUCCAUUCCGAUAAUUCCCUCUCAGAUGAUGGAUUCCAAAUCUCUUGGGCUGCCGUUCCAGGCAUCCCGGGGUGUGGUGGUCUCCUUACCGAACCUGAAGCGGAAUUUAGCUCACCCAGCCAUCCUCAAACGUACUCGCACAACCUAAAUUGCGAAUGGUUAAUCAGGGUCCCCAUAGGAGACACCAUAGAGCUCAGCUUCUUUUUCCUGGACAUCGAGUCCCAUGCCAAUUGUAGAUACGACUUUCUGGAGGUGCGCGACGGUAGCACGCCCGAUUCCCCAUUGGCUGGAAGAUACUGCGGAACCACUCGCCCCCCACGAUAUGUCUCGACCACCAAUACACUCUUCAUACAUUUCAAGACAGAUCAAUCGAUAACUGGGAUUGGAUUUCGAGCGAAAUAUAAAACAGUUUGUGGUGGCGAAUUUACCAACCCUACUGGCAUCAUUAGCUCUCCAUAUCAUCCGAACAACUACCCAGGAAACCGAAUCUGCCAAUAUGUGAUAUCUCAACCCAUGGAAACAUCCAUUCAUAUUGAAUUCAUUGAUUUUGACAUUGAAGGCAGUUUUCAGUGUGUUUACGACUAUUUGGAGAUCCGGGAUGGAGACAACGCCAAUUCCACCUUGCUUGGUAAAUAUUGUGGCGAUCCCACUCAAAUCCCAGAUCCCGUGGACUCAACUCACAAUUUCGUGUAUCUUCGGUUUCAGACCGAUGGAUCGGUUCAGAAUAGGGGAUUUAAACUCAACUACACCACCUCCGACCUCAGGUGUGGAGGGAUUUUGAAAGCCAAUCAUGGUGUGAUCCAAUCUCCCACCGACACAGAAAACUAUCCCCACGGAACCACGUGCAAUUGGAUCAUUCAGGGAGAACCAAGCACCAUCAUUCGGUUGACGUGGGUAUCGUUCAUCUUGGAACGCCAUUCACGUUGUCGAUUCGAUUACGUCGACGUGUUUGAUAACAACACUCAAAACAACGCAGGAGGGCUAAUUGGACGGUAUUGUGGGAACACGCUUCCACCUACGAUGACAAGCACUGGAUCCAGCAUGAGCAUUGUGUUUCGAUCGGAUGCCAGUAUUUCUCAUGAAGGGUUCUUAGCCACCUACUUGAAAUUAGACUCGUCCACCAUAUGCGGUGGAACAUACUACACGCUCACCGGAAUGUUGCAAUCCCCAAACUUCCCUAAUGGAUAUGGACACCUUUUGGAUUGUACUUGGAUAAUUCAAGGCCCACCUGCUCAGCAGAUCAUGCUCAAUUUCACUCGUUUCCAUUUGGAAAAUCACACAAAUUGCAAUUAUGAUAGCCUUGAGAUCAGAAACGGAGGACAUUCUACGUCACCUUUAAUAGGCAGAUUUUGCGGAAACCAAAUUCCCAGUCGGAUCCCAUCCUUUAGUAAUAGUAUUUACCUUCGAAUGAGGACGGAUAAUUCCCUAUCAGCUGAAGGAUUUCAAAUGUACUGGGACAGCACAAGCUCAGGUUGCGGGGGUCUUCUAACCUCGCCAACUGGCUCAAUCACCUCACCGGGUUAUCCCACGGCAUAUCAUCAUAAUGCCGAAUGCUUUUGGGAGAUUCGGGUGUCCAAAGGGUCAAAAAUUCAAAUCAUUUUUGUCGAUCUGGAUCUUGAGCGACAUCGGACUUGUCGUCAUGACUACGUUGAAGUCACGGACAUUGCCUCACAAAAUCAUUUGGGCAAAUUCUGUGAUAUGGAAGAUCACAUCAAUGUCGUUUCAACCGGCAACGCCGUGAAGAUCAAAUUUAGGGCUGACCGCGACACUGCCGGAAGAGGGUUCCAUUUACGCUAUUUCACAAUCUGUAACAAUGAGCUGUUUGGUCAUCAAGGAGUGAUCGAAAGUCCAAAUUUCCCCAAUCCAUACCCUCAUAACAGGAAUUGCACCUGGCAAAUCACCGCUCCUUUGGGUAACACCGUCAACAUAACAUUUUCGCAUUUUGAAUUGGAAAACUCCCAUCCCGGGAAUAAUCUCUGUGUCUACGAUUUCCUUGAAAUAAUGGAAGCUAGUGUUGCCCAAGGUGAGCAGACCAGCGUCAUUCGGAUUUGCGGAUCUGAACCAGGUCGAGUCCCGGCUCCGGUGGCCACCUCCAAACGAUACGCCUUCGUCAAGUUCAAGUCGGAUGUGUCCUUGUCAAUGAACGGGUUUCGAUUGGAGUACGUGAUCAAUGGUUGCGGAGAGCAUUUUCGGCGCCCAUUUGGGUCCUUUACAUCGCCCCACUAUCCUGAAGCCUAUCCAGUCAGCGUGGAGUGCGUUUGGUACAUCACCACUGACCCCGGGACCAGCAUUGAACUCACUGUCGACGAGUUCGACAUGGAAAGCCAUCCACAGUGUAACUUUGAUUACCUGGCCGUAUAUGGUGGUCCUGAUGACACCUCCCCUCAGUUGACCAAGUUGUGUCAAUCGUCCGUGCGAAAUGUCACGGUGACCGCUUCGGGAAACCAUAUGAUGAUACAUUUCCGAAGCGAUAGUUCCAUCGCUGCCAGAGGAUUCAGCGCCCGGUUCAAAUCCAAAGCCGAUGGUUGCGGGGGUUUAAUCACGGUUAAUGAGGGUGUCAUUACCUCGCCGAAUUAUCCGGACAUGUACGACAACCACGACGAUUGUUUGUGGCUGAUCCAAGUGGAUCCCUUGCAUCGAUUGGAAUUGGAAUUCACCGAUUUCGACGUGGAGCCUCAUUCCAAUUGUAGCUACGACUAUGUGGCUAUCUACAAUGGGGAUACCGAAGCGGCCCCUAAUCUUUUAACCCAUUGCGGCCGAAGUUUGCCUCCCACAAACCCCGUGUUCAGCACGGCCAACCAAAUGCUCAUCCGAUUGAAGGCUGACGGUUCAAGUACGGCCAAGGGGUUCAAGGCGCAAUUCAAACGGGCUUGUGGAGCAACCAUCCUCACCUCGGGUCGCGGAGACAUUGCCUCCCCAGAUUUCCCUCAUGCCUGGGGAGGUCCAGGGUCGUGCUCAUGGAUUAUUCAAGGCACUCAUGAAAGUGAUCGAGUCACACUGCAUUGGUCGUAUCUUCAAAUAACCGGCAGAAAUCCGGACGGGAAUUGUACCAACACAUACGUGGCAGUUUAUGACGGAAAGACGAAUGAUGCACCGGAGAUAACCAGGGCAUGUUCAUCCCACAGCCCCCCACCCAUCACCAGCACAGGAAAUGCGCUACAUGUUGUAGUAUAUAGCCGACACCGAUCACCCAUUGGAUCAGUGGUUUUUCGUGGGACUUACACUACUGAGGAUACAGCUUGCGGUGGCGAUCUUGAGUCUCUCAGCGGGCGUUUCACAUCGCCCAUGUUCCCUGGGAGCUACAUCAACGGGGCUGAAUGCACUUGGAUCAUUGGUGGAUACCCCGGGAACCGGAUCUCUUUGGGCUUCUCGCAGUUUGAUCUGGAAGCCAGUCCCAAUUGCAAUAACGACUAUGUGGAGAUCCAUCAGGAGGGACCGAACGGACCAUUGCUUGGUCAUUAUUGUGGAUCAACCAUACCUAGCAAUAUCACUCAUGGUGAAAAGCUUUGGGUCAAGUUCAGAUCCAACGAGCAGGACACUGGGAGUGGCUUCGUGGCUUUCUACACAUUGGAGUAUGGCAACCACCUGACUGGCACUGAGGGAGAAAUCGUGUCACCACUUUUUCCGAGAAAGAUGGCCUGGACCGACGUGAAUGAUCCCAAUGAGAUUGUCUGGACCAUUACUGUGGAUCAAGUAAAAGACGUGCAAAUUUCUUUCACCUCGUUUGAUAUCACCCCGAACGGAUACCGAUCGGGUAGUUGCCUCACCACAGUGACGAUUUUUGAUGGUCCUGAUCAAGAUGCACCCAGCUUGUACAGUGGUUGCGGAUUUCAUCCUCCGGGACCGUUUCAAUCGAAUGGCAACGUGGUUGUGGUGCGCUUCAAGUUCUCGGUCCGACGCUCGGGUGGUUCCAAAUUUCGAUUACUGUGGAGCGAAGUGUCUCGUGGGGCCAUUCCUUCUCGAAGAUUGUCGCCCUCAUUAAGCAAUCCCGACACCAGCACCAUUCGACUGACCCGCAACUCGACGACCACACUGAUCUCCAGUCCCGGCUAUCCAACCUCAUAUGGGAACAACUUGCACAAGGAGUGGAUCGUGGAAAGUCCCAUUGGAACGAAAAUGAAAGUUCAAGUCCUUUUAAUGGCCCUAGAGUCGUCGUGGUUAUGCAGGAAUGACUUUUUGGAGAUUUACGACGGAUCGUUUGGCUCCCGGGAGUGGAAUCGAACCGGGAAGAUCUGUCGUCGCUACGAUCAAAGAAAAGUCUAUUUUUCUUCGGGAAACGUUCUCAAGCUUCGAUUUGUCACUGAUUCGAACGGAUCACGUCGGGGCUUUCGAGUCCUCGUCAAAACAGUAUGUGGUGGAUAUUUGCAAGGUGACUAUGGUUUUGUCACCUCGCCCAAUUAUGAGGAGGGAAACUAUUCACCCAAUUUGGAUUGUGAGUGGGUGAUUCGAGUUCGACCCGGACGGAAAAUUGAAUUUCAACUGAAUAACAUGGAUAUUCUAUCCAAUGAUAAUCAGUGUUCCGAAGAUUACCUAACGAUUCGUAACGGUCAGUGGGAGGAUUCGCCCUUGAUCUUGUUGAAUUCGGCUCAAGGUUCCGAUCAAAAUGGCCGCGUGUGUGGUUCCAGCCUUCCCAGUCAGAGGAAUUCGAGUUCCAACUUCCUGUACGUUAAAUUCCACUCCGACGCUACAGGUUCUGGAGCGGGUUUCAAGUUGACGUAUCGCGAAUUGGGUUUCAAUUGCGGUGGUCGAGUUCAUCUGAGCUCUGAUAGGCCAGAAAUGACCUUCACAUCUCCCAACUAUCCUCACAUGCCACCCUUUCAUACUGAGUGUAUCUGGACCAUCAUGUCACCUCCGGGUCAAAAGAUCCAAGUCGAAUUUCGAGACAAUUUUUAUUUUACCCCCUCUCUGGGAUGCUCUAUCGAAGGUGUGGAACUCCGAGAUGGAGGUACGCCUCAGUCGACCAGCUUAGGCCGGUUUUGCAAUGAGAGACCGAAUCCCAUUAAAAGCUCAGACAACAUUGUCUGGUUCAAGUAUUUUACCAGCUCAGAGAGUCCCAAUCUCGGAUUUAAAGCCCACGCCAAAAUAGGCGCUUGUGGAGGGACCAUUUACACUCGUCGAAGCGACGAAGUUCAGAUCGAAUCUCCUGAAUAUCCACAACCGUAUGCUCCAAAUCUGGAUUGCGAAUGGAAGGUGGUUGGACCUGAGGGCCAUUACCUGAUUUUCUCAUUUGUCACAUUGGAUUUGCCCGUGGCCUCGAAUUGCUCCAAUUUUGACUAUGUUCGGGUUCAUGAAGAAAACAAUUCCACUCACACAAAUCUGGCGACACUUUGUGGAUCAAGGCCGUCUAUGGUGGAAACCUAUGGAUCCGUGGCCAAUCUCAUUUUUCAUUCCAACGGCAACAAUAACAAUCGAGACAAGACGGGCUUCAUUGUGCGCGUCAAUGCCAGCACUGAAGAAUGUGGAGGCGUGUUGCAAGGAGAUUCAGGCGUGAUUGAGAGCCCAGGCUAUCCCAAUGGCUACGCACAUCAUUUGUAUUGCUCGUGGACCAUCAAGGCCCCUCUAGGACGAAGUGUUUCUCUCCAAUUUGAAGAUCUGGAUUUGGAACGACCAAGAGGUGACGAGUGUCCAUUCGAUAAAUUACUGUUUUACAACGCCGCCGAAGUUCAAGGCAAAUAUGAAUCGACUCAAAUCAGCGGAGGAACCCUUUGUGGAGAUCAAGCUCCGACGAAUAUAUCGAGCUCGGGCAAUGUGAUGGUUGUGAAGUUUAUCACGGAUGGCUCCGUUGCUCAUCGUGGCUUCAAACUACUAUGGAACUCCGACGAACCCUCUCGUUGCGGAGGAGUCGUGGGGCCCUAUUCGGGACCAAUUAGUCCGUUCUUGGUUGGAACAAAUUACACUCGCUCUACGAUUUGCCAUUGGAUCUACUCGACCUCAACAGCAUUGCAAGCAGCUCAAUCAGACGGCAGAGGCACCAUUGUUUUUCAGGCUGAACAGAUAUUACUCGAGACCAAAUUGGAAAAUAAGUGUGUGUUCGACAACCUCAACAUUGUGUGGGAAAAUGGCCAAAUCGACCUGUGUGGCCAGAUCACCACCCCUACCACGGUUCUCGUACCCUGGCCAAUGGCUGAUAUCGUGUUCGUUUCGGAUGGCUCGGUCACGGAUCGGGGUUUCAAUCUCACGCAUUCGGUGUCGAAUUGUGGUGGGGUUUUCUCCGGACCCUUGCAACGCAUCCAAUCCCCUCAGGACCCCAAUCACCCCACGAAUUACAGAGCUAAUGCCGAUUGUGUGUGGCUCCUGGAGUUCGACCAAGGACAACAAAUUGCGUUGGCCUUUGAUCGUUUUGACCUUGAAUCAUCGGAAUCGUGUAACCAUGAUUACAUUCUAAUUCGGAACGGUCCCAGCCAAGAUUCCCCGCUGAUUUGGAAGAAAUGUGGCACGGAUUCGCCUCAAAGAAACGUGAUCUCAUCCAGCCACACGCUGUGGGUUGAGUUCCAUUCGGACGGUUCGAACCAAGGCUCUGGGUUCUCUUUCACCGCGUCAGCUCACACGUUGGGUUGUGGUGGAGUGUUUCAUGGGCCCAAUGGGAACAUCUCGGCACCCAUGGAGGGAACAAAGUAUGCCAAUGGAGUAGAGUGUCUAUGGGAUGUUGAGAUGCAGCCCGGGUUUCACGUGGUCUAUCAAUUCUACAACCGAUUUGAAAUUGCCACCUCUACAUCAUGUUCCAAUGACUACAUCCAAAUAUUUGAAUACAACGAAGAGAAUCGAUCUUGGAUACCCAAAAGCGAGCGCUUGUGCGGCCGAGAGUUGCCUGGUCCAAUCGUCACCAAUUCGACACGAACUCGAGUCAAAUUCCGAUCGGAUCAAACGGAAAACGGCGAUGGAUUUCAAUUGAGUUGGCGGGAAGAAUGUGGAGGAACUUUCAACACUACAAGCGGGAUUUUUUCAUCUCCCGGUUAUCCGAUUGCCUAUAAAACAAAUUUGUCUUGCGAAUAUCAUAUUCUGUCCGAUCCCGAGCACUUCGUUUCUCUCACAUUUUUGGAUCCUUUUGAGAUCGGAGAAGAUUAUGGCGGAGGUUGUUUCUACGACUCAGUCAAGGUGUAUUCCACUUCAAGAUCCAGAAGCACCCAACUUGGAAGUUAUUGUGGGUCGGAAAGACCCCCACCCGUUCGUGCCCGGGGGUCCGUGCUAGUCAAAUUCAGAACGGAUGGGUUUGGGUUCAUGCGCGGAUUUCAGGUCGAGUUUACACGCCAUCAAUGCGGAGGUGAAAUUCGGGAAGAGUCUGUAAUUACUUCACCACUUCACCCGAAUCGUUAUUUCCACAACACCAACUGCACUUGGUUCAUUGAAGCGCCCCAGGGGAAAUCCGUGCUCAUUAAAUUCGAUUAUUUGGAAUUGGAACAUCACGCACGGUGUCUAUAUGAUUAUGUGGGCGUUUACGAAGGUCGGUCUCUGAACCGAACCAAUCAACUUGGGCUCUUUUGUGGAAACCAUUCUCAAAUGGCGCCUGUUUCCAAAUCCCUUUCGAAUAAGAUGACAGUUCAAUUCAAAACAGACCGUAGCAAUAGCGCUCGAGGUUUCCGAGCCUACAUUCGAUUCACGUACGGAGUCGAUCAAGGAUGUGGAGGCCCAAUGCGUGUCACUGAAGGUGGAAGUGGAGUUCAAAUCAGAUCUUUGGACACCGAUUCUGAUGGUUCAUAUGAGAUGGACUUGGAUUGCGAUUGGGCGUUCCAAGGGCCAAGCGGAAAGGUUCUUCGAAUGACUUUCCAACAAUUUGACAUAGAACAAGAGGUCAAUGGGACAGAAUCUACUUGUUGGGAUUAUCUAGAGGUUCGAGAUGGAAUCUCACCACUUUCUCCAUUGGUGGGUGCUUAUUGCGGAUCUUCGCCGGUUCCAUCUCCCAUCACAUCUUCAACUAAUCAGCUAUGGGUCAAAUUCUAUUCGGAUAGCACAGGAAGUGAAUCCGGAUUCCUGGCCACAAUUCAGGCUGUAGAUCCAGUUUGUGGGACCCAUAACAUAAUCAAUGUCUCGGCUGUGAAUCAGGUGCUCUAUUCCCCACAAUUUCCGGCCAACUACCCGAAUAGUGUACGAUGUCAAUGGGUUCUCGCAGCCCCGUCGAGUGAGCAGAUUUGGAUUAAAUUGACAGACUUUGACCUGGAGAGAAGCGAGUCAUGCUCUCGAGACUAUCUGAGCCUUGCGGAUAUGAAUUCAAGGAAUAUGGUGCAAAGAAACGAGACAGUGAUCGCUGUUCCGUUCCAAAAUCGAUAUCGCUGGACCCGGCGUGCUGCUUCACAAGACUUGACUUUUUGUGGAAAUGAAAUUCCCCAUGAGUUUUUUUCCACGGGCGAAAUGGUUAAGAUCCAGUUUGUGAGCGACUCUCAAAACACUGGACGCGGUUUCCGACUUGAGCACUCAAUCGCAAGUUGUAAUCGCUCUUACGGAGGUUCUUACGGACGUAUCCUGAGCCCAGGUUAUCCAUCUCGGGUCAGCCGUGGCACUGUCUGUGACUUGGUGAUCAAUGCACCCUCGGGCUCGACCAUCGCUCUCUAUUUCAGCGUUUUUCGCCUGUCCUACUCUCAGAACUGCACCCGAAACUCGUUAGAGAUCCGAGAUGGGGCUAAUCCAACUGAUCGGGUGAUUUCUCGCAUGUGCGGCUAUAGUACGGGCCCUACUAUCGUGUCAAGUGGACCUUCUCUUAGAUUGAAAUUGAAAGUGGGCUCUUCUUACGGGACCUCUGGUUACGAUAUCACCUAUACCACCACAAAUCAAGGUCCAGGGUGUGGAGGACUAAUUUUUGAUAGUCAAGGGUCUGUUUCCAGUCAAGGAUUUCCUGGAAAUACUUCGCAAGCAUCGGAUUGCACUUGGACAUUGCGAGUACCUCAUGGCGAGAUCAUUGAGCUAAGAUUUCCGGUUCUCCAAUUUGGAACAGCGGAAACUUGUGCUGGAAAUUAUAUGGAAUUAUACAACAAACCUUUCGAUGGGCCACGCCAGCUGGUGACCCGAUACUGUGGAAAUGAUCGCCCCUCAAGCCAGUUGGGCAUUAGCAACGAGAUGCAAAUCCGGUAUGUGACAGACUCACAAAACUCUGGUGGUUGGAAAGCUCAGUUCAAGUGUUUGGACGUACAAGGGAGGCGAGGCCGGUCUUCGCCAUAAAAGUGGACAAUGGGAACGACGGGAUGAUGGUAAAUCAAAACAAGGCAUCAACCUCGAAGAUACGGUCCGGUAUAUAUACAACUUACCUAUAUACCGUAUACACAUACAUGCUCGCUCGUAUUUAUGAAGUAUUGUACAGCCGAGGGAGAAAGAGGAAACUUCGACGCAAUACUCGAACAAAGAGCACUGUGCGGACAGAGAAUUCUCAUGUUAUUACUACGCUUCUCAUGAAUAAAUAUAUGAAACGCAAA